GGUGAGAAGUAACUUUAUGGUAAUUCAGAUCCGAGGCCCUCUUAAAGAGAGUGAGGGGGCAUUCGUUAAGUCUCUCUGGGAGUUGUGUUGGGGUUCAGGACUGCUGGGUGAGGAUCAGGGCUCAAAGAGAGGAGACGCACAACCAAAUACAGGAUGACGACUCUGACGCUGGUGCUGCUGGUUUUGGCUUUUACAUCUGCCACUGCAACAAAGCCGAGAAGUCAGUUCACACGUUACCGCUCAUGGAACUCACGGAUGUAUCCGGUGUGGAAAGAUGGAGACCCAAGAUUCAGGAACUGUUGGAUUGGUGGUGAAGUAACUUUUGAUCUGAAAAAUGAUGCACCUACUCUUACUGGAGCAAGAGCAACCUUCUCUAUUAAUCUUAAUUUCCCACCAAACCAGACAGCGCUCUCUGAUGGGCAGGUGGUCUGGGCGCAAAACUGCACCAUCAACGGACAACGGUAUCAGGAGGGUCAGGCUGUGUAUCCUGACCAGGGCACCGAGCAGACCGGAGUUUUCCCUGACGGCACGCAGUUCACCAGGAGCCAGAACAAGAAACCUCACUAUGUGUUUGUGUGGAAGACAUGGGGGCGUUACUGGCAGGUGGCAGAUGGACCGUCCUCCUCCCUCUCUAUUGGUACAGACAACGUCCCCCUGGGCUCCUACAACAUGGAGGUUGUCAUCUAUCACUGCCGCGGCAAAGACAAGUUCAUCCCUCUCGGCUAUGCCUCCACAGUCUUCACCAUCACAGACCAGAUUCCCUUCACCAUAUCACUCGCUCAAGUAAAUGAUGUAAACCAGGACGACCAGAACUUCAUCCAGAACCGAGCCAUUGCUUUUAGUGUCAAGCUCCAUGAUCCCAGCCAUUAUCUCAACAGCGCCGACAUCAGCUUCAGCUGGGACUUUGGUGACAGCACUGGUACUCUGAUCUCCAGAGACCUCACUGUCACACACACAUAUCUCGCCGUCGGGACCUUCAAACCUCAGGUGGUCCUCAUGGCAAGCAUCCCCAACGGCUGUGGAAACCCCACUGCUAUUGUUCCUAUUGAUGCCUCUGCUGCACCAGCAGUAGUUGUAAUGGCCUCCACCCCUGCAGCUGACCCAGCAGCACCGGCCGAGGGAGGAGAUGCAAUUGCUCUGGACGUUCCUGCUUCUGACGCCACUCUGCUCGCUGCUUCUGUGCAGCCAGCUGAAGCAGCCACAAACACAGAAGAUGGGGAAGCAGUCGUUGCUGCAGACACAGAGGCAGUGGAGGUUGCCUCAGUAGCACCUGCAGGAGUUGAUGCAGCUGUUGUUCCAGAGGAACAAGAUCCCGCCAACACUGCUGCCCCUGCUGCCGAGGACACAGAUGCAGCAGCAGCAGGUGAGGUGGCCGCUGCUGCCUCUGUCACACCUGCAGCCGAAGAGCCAGCAGAUGCUGAUACAGCUGCUGCAGAUGAAACCGCAGUGGUUACAGAUGCAGCUGAAGAAAAUGUGCCUGUGAUUGACGCUGCUGCUUCAGUCGCUCCUGUUGCAGAAGGAGAAGAAGCUGCAGUUGAGGUCGCUGACACUGUCACUGUUGCUCCUCUAGCAGAAGUAGCUGUAGAGCAAGAAGCUGACGUUGUGGCUGCUGAUGCUGAUGCUGGAGCUGUUGCUGCUGCUGUUGAUGCUGCCGCAGAGGUUGUCCAAGCUGUAACAGAAGCCCCUGCUGAUAACGUUGUAGCCCCUGCUGCCACUGAGAUCACUGUAGAAGAGGCAGCACCAGCUGAUGCUGCAGGUGAUACAGAGGCUGAAGUACAGGCUGAAACUGAAAAUGAAGUUGCAGCUACUGUGGCUGCUGCAGAGCAACCAGUGGGUGAUGAAGACGCUGUUCCAGCUGAAGGUGAAGUUCAAGCAGAGGUGGAAGCAGAUCCAGCACAGGUUGCCCUCGUUGUGGCUAAAAGACAAGCACCAGAGGUGACAGCUGACUGUAUGGUCUACCGUUAUGGCUCCCUCGCCACCACUGUAGAUGUUGUUCAGGGUAUUGAAAGUGUAGAGAUUGUACAGGUGUCCAACGUUGUGUCAGUGGCGACUGAGUUGGAUCAGAAUGCUGUGGACGUCACCAUUACCUGUCAGGGAAGUCUGCCAAGUGAGGUCUGCACAGUCAUUUCUGAUGCUGACUGUAUCACACCAGUGCAAACAAUCUGUAAUGCAGCCUCACCCUCUCCAGACUGUCAAAUGAUCCUUCGUCAGUUCUUCAAUGACUCUGGAGUAUUUUGCAUCAAUGUCUCCUUGACCAAUGAUGUCAGUCUUGCUGUGGCAAGUGCCAGAGUCAGUGUAACAGUAGCCUCCAGUGGUUCCCCAGCUGGAACUGCAGCCACAGUCCUUGGUGUUAUAGUUCUUGCCUGUGUUGUCUGUUGUAUUGGUUUGAUGUACAGGCGGUUCAAGCAGUACCAGCCACUAAGAGAAGACAGUGUUGACAAUAAUGGAGGCAGCUCGGCGGUAACAUCAGUGCCUUUGUUGUUGUGGAACUUGUUAAGCCGACAGUCACCAGGAGAGAGUCGUCCACUGCUUCAGGGGAGGAUUGUGUGAAUAUCAUCAUCAGCUCAUGCACUCAACAUCUACAAUAGCUGCUAAAAUAUUGGCCUUAUACACAUAUUACUCUAACUGUAGUAAUAUUGUAACUCUCAGUCAAUGUAAACCAGUAUUAAGUGAAACGAGUUAAGUGAACCAGCCCCGUGUACAACAACAUGUUCAGAAAUAGAAAGGCCUGUGUAAUAAAAGAACGUAAUAAAAAUGUUGAAACAUUUGUAGAGGAAAGUCAUAUUUAUUUUGACCUACAGUAUUUUUUAUUAAUUGGUAGUUUAUAGAAGCCAUAACUUAGUCUCUUACUUGUGGCCUACUUAUACUAAACCAAUUGGAAAAUCAAUGUUAAAACUUCAGUUCAAUUUCCUUACAAUGUAUUUUAAAUAACUUACAUCACAUCACAGAACGUUAUUAUGUUUGCUACCCUGAAAUUAAUAAAACGAAACUUUAUCACCA